ACUUGAGCUAUUUUAAUACCCAACAAGACAAAAUUUGUGGGUGGACAACAUUAGUUUCAAAUCUGACUCAACCCCACCCACCAUACCAUACCAUACCCCAAAAUCUAAUCCCAAAUUCUGUCAGAUUUCAUGCAUUUACACUUGGAUUCAUCAUCCUCACUCUCCAAUGCCAGGAUCCAUUCAAGUUUCAGUUUUGUCCUUCAAGAAGCUUCCAUCUUCAUCAAAUUCUGUAAAGAGUAAGUACCCUGUUUGUAAGACCCCCCGUAACGGGGCGUUUUUUUUAAAAAAAUUUGCAAAAAAACGCCGGAUAACGCCGGAACCCCCAUUACAUGGGGCGUUUCCGGGCGUUUUUUUUGAAAAAAAAUGGUGGUGGCGUGGUUUUAAAAACGCUGAACAAUGGUUUGAAUGCCCAAUCAAUUGAGGACAUGUGGGUUUAGAGAGAGAGAUGGGGUUGUGGCCGGAUUUUUUGGCCGGAUUUUUGGCCGGAUUUUUGGCCGGAUUUUCUGGGUUUGCAGGGUUUGCAGAAGGGAAGAAGAAUGGGAAUGAAGAAGAAGAAAGUUUCAUUGGGGAAAUUUGAGUAUGAAGCUGUGGAAAAUGGAACUUUUUCUUUCCCAUUGACUAAUCUGCGAGAUAAAUUGACCAUCACAAUCCAGGAUGCACAAGGAAAUCAAGUAUCAAAUUCAGGUGUUCCAACCAUGUCUAUACUUGAAAAGGGUGUUUGGGAUGAUAUGUUUCCCAUUGAAGGAGGUGGCCUUAUCCAUAUGAAAUUCGAGUUUGUUCUUAGCGAUCAAGAGCGCACCCGGGUUCUUUCAAUGAGAGAAUCUGCAAUUAAGAAGAAGCAAGCCGAGAUACUUGGUAGCAGGAUAGGAAAUGCUGAAAAUGCCAAAUUUCUUGCAUCAUCGGUGCAGAGACGUGAAGUCGCAGAUGUUUUGAGGGCUACGUCUUCAUUGAACGCUACAAAAUCUUUUGAUGGGAAAAAGGAAGAAUCUUUUCCGAGGCAAUCGUUGACAAAUGCUACAGAUAAAAGAGAAGAAACUCCGGUCAGUCGUUCGACAAAAGAAACUGAACUAAAUCCAAAUGGUUCGGGUAAUUUGGUUGAUAAACUGAAAACAAACGAAGCGAGCACAUCGAAUAAGAACAAUGAGUUUUCGCUACAACAAGCGGAAGUACCCAAAAAGCUUCUAGAAGACACCAAGACUCGUGAUUUCCUAAAGAAUAAUAAUAAUGCAGUCAAAACCGUACUGUCGGAUAAUCGGGUUGAGAUAUCAGAUCAACAGAAUCUUGAAGAUAAAAAACGGAGCUUUUUCAAAAAAAUGAGCAAAGACGGAAACUUUCCUCCUUUUUCACAAGAAACAGAAGUAAAUAUAACUAAGACCAAUGAGAUUCAGUUACAAGAUUCAUCUUCUAGUAAUGCGGGGUCAUCAAGAUUAACGAUUGCUGAAAAGAUUAAAUCUCUUUCACCGAAAUUAGCAGGUGACAUGGCUAAGCGGGCUUCAUUGGAGAAAACUCCAAAAAAUAUAAAGAAGAUGAUUAGUGUCUUUGAAAGUAGUUUAUCUAAGGAUAGAGUUCCUAUCAAGCCUCUAAGGACAAAAUCAAACAGAUUCGGAACCUCACGCUUAUUGAAGGAUGAUACGGUUAAAGAUUUGUACGAGAAACCCGAAUCAAACCUCAAUAACUCAGAAACAUCAAGUUCAACCAGGCUCAGAAAUUCUUUUAGUACGGGUGAUUUGCGGAAAACUAUUUCAAGUGAAGAUCAAGUUGAAUUUGACGAUGAUAUUGUAGAAUCAGCUGAACAAAUGGCAAAAGAAGAAUACCAUCAAGAAAAGGGUGAAGAAAAUGAAAGCUCUGAAGGCCCAGACAUAGAGGCGUCUAAUGGAUCGUUUGGACAGGCAAUGAAAAUAGCACUUGUGGUAGGAUUUGGAGUCGUCGUCUUCCUCUUUCGACCAAGGGAAACUGGAAAAGGAAAGAAGGAAAACACUCGUGCAUCAAGGAACGUCGUAAUGAUGAAUAAACGGGGAUCAAUUGAAGAACAACGUAGAAGGGUUAGCGUUUCAAGGUCGUCUUAGCUCGGUUACUAUACAUCAUGGCCCAGUAAUCGAAUAUUCGCUAUGUUUUUUCUUUAAAUUGCAAUAAAAUGUUUAUGUUCAUAGCAUCUAAUGUAAUUUUACUGUUGAUGCUAAAUGUAAGUGCAAUGUUGAAUCUUUUAUUUACUCUUCAUAUGAAAUGAUGCACCCGAGUCCAAAAA